AUGAAGUGCUUGCUCACCGUAUUCAUUACAUUCGCUGUUGCCCGAUCAGCUUUGUGCUUGGACAUUGCAGAUUCCUGCAAUGAUGGCAAGUGCACCAUUGCCAAGAAUUGCAGAUGCUCCAACAGUCCAUCCCCUUUGACUGGAAAGCUCGACGAUUGGCCACAACUUAUAAGUUUAACUUUCGACGAUGCUAUUACCGAUGAUAUAUACAACAAGUACUUGAGUCCUCUUUUAUUCAACUCCAAAAAUCCUGAUAACAAACCCAUCGGGGCCACUUUCUUCGUACCGCACGAGUACACAAACUACCAAAGAGUAAACGAUUUGUACAAUUCGGGAUUCGAAAUCGGCGUUAAUUCCAUCAGCAAAUAUUUUUCGCAAAAGUACUGGAGGAACGCCACAGCGGAUCUCCUCGUGCAAGAAUUCAGCGGACAGAAGCACAUCCUGACCAAAUUCGCCAAUAUUCCCGAAUCGAGCAUCUUGGGCGUCAGGACUCCGCAGCUCCAGCUCGCAGGUGAUAAUUCCUUCCAAGCCUACGUGAAAUCCAAGUUGACUUACGACAGCUCUUGGCCUUCGUUGGCCUCAAGAAGAAUGUUCCCGUAUACUCUGGAUUUCAUGUCCACCGAAGAGUGCAUUUUGGGGGCCAAGUGCCCGAAAAAUUCGUACCCCGGUUUUUGGGUGCUGCCCAUUAACGAGUUAUCCGGCGAGAACGGGAAGGAUUGCAACGUUAUUUCCAGUUGCACGAUAGAGGGCUCAUCUAAGGUCAUAUCCGACUGGUUAACCGGACAAGUGGAAGAUAUUCGUAAUUCUACCAAAAUUCCUUUAACCCUUAUGAUAGAUUCCGGUUGGUUCAAUUCCACUGAGAAUAGCGUGGAUGCUUUUAAGCAAUUCAUGACUAACAUGUCUUUGAAGAAGGAUGUCUUCUUUGUUACCCAGAAGCAAGUGUACGAAUGGAUACGAAACCCAGUGAAAACGGCGAAUUUCAAAACUGAAACUAGUACCGGCCCUGUUGCGAAUUGUGAUAAAAAGAAGUGCUUAGUGAAAAAAGAUGAUGAUCAAUACACCUUCUUUAUUUGCACGUCUUGUCCAAAUAAAUAUCCUUGGGUCGGUAAUCCUGAUGGUAAUUAG